UCAAUUAAAAAAAAAAAAAGAAGAAGAAAAGAAUCCCGGUCAAAUCCUCGUGAGGCAAUUGGGGUUUUUCCAAGAAGGCCCACAUGCUUCCCUUCCUCCAAUCACAUUGAAGCAUUCACUAGAAAAAAGAACAAAGAACCCUUCAAAGCCUGCCUUCUCCAAGUCAUAUCCCACCAUUGUCUCUGUCUCCCAGAUCAGAUCUAGAAUUUCUCCUCUAUUUGGGAUUCCAAGAUCUAAAAGAGAUCCAGAAAGGUUUCUGUACAUCUCUUUCUGUUAUUGCAGGAAGAGAAAGGAGAAGAUGGGUGUAGAGAAUGGGAAUGGAGAUGGGAAUGGCUUCUCCAAGCUUGCUUUGGGAGGGAAAGGAAAAUACAGGAGGAUGGAUAUCGAGCUCCCAGAAGAAGGAGAAGGAGGAGAGAAUGCCCAACAGCUUCAAAAGAAGAGCAUCAACACCAAUAAAUAUGUUUUCGCUUGCGCCGUCUUCGCCUCCCUCAAUUCAGUCCUUCUCGGUUAUGAUGUUGGUGUUAUGAGCGGAGCAAUUCUAUUCAUUCAGGAGGAUCUGAAGAUAAGCGAGGUACAAGAAGAAGUACUGGUUGGAUGUUUGAGCAUCGUCUCGCUUUUGGGCAGUUUAGGAGGCGGAAGAACCUCAGAUGCCAUUGGCAGGAAAUGGACCAUGGGCUUAGCCGCCAUAAUUUUUCAAACGGGUGCUGCUAUAAUGACCUUUGCUCCUUCUUUCCUUGUGUUGAUGAUCGGCAGGCUUUGUGCCGGUGUGGGGAUAGGCUUUGGAGUCAUGAUUGCACCAGUAUACAUCGCCGAGAUAUCACCCGCCAUUGACAGAGGAGCCCUCACCUCCUUUCCUGAGAUCUUCAUAAACAUAGGCAUCCUUCUUGGAUACAUCUCCAACUACAUGUUUUCAGGCCUUUCGGUACACAUAAGCUGGAGGAUAAUGCUUGCUGUGGGGAUUCUACCAUCUGUCUUAAUUGGGUUUGCUCUAUUCAUUAUCCCAGAGUCGCCGAGGUGGUUGGUGAUGCACAACCGGGUUGAAGAAGCCAGAUCCGUGCUGCUAAAGAUAAAUGAGAACGAGGCAGAGGUGGAAGAGCGGCUAGCUGAGAUAGAGGAAGCGGCCGGCAAUGCAAACCCUGAGAAAAAGCUAGAGGAGAAAGAAGUGUGGCUUGAAUUGUUGAGGCCCUCUCCCACGAUCCGCCGGAUGCUGAUAACGGGAUUUGGGAUCCAAUGCUUCCAACAGAUCACAGGCAUCGAUGCGACCGUAUAUUACAGCCCAACAAUAUUCAGAGAAGCGGGCAUCAUGAGCAAGAACGGGCUUCUUGCUGCGACCGUGGCCGUUGGAUUUAGCAAGACCAUUUUCAUCUUGGUCGCGAUUUUUCUCAUCGACAGAGUGGGGAGAAAGCCACUGCUAUAUGUGAGCACAAUCGGAAUGACAGUCUGUUUGUUUGGAUUGGCUGCAGCUCUAACUGUCAUCGGACAUGGAGUGGGAUCAAAAGAAUUUGGGAUUGGGCUCGUGAUUUUGGCGGUGUGUGGGAAUGUCGCGUUCUUCUCAGUCGGAAUAGGCCCAGUGUGCUGGGUCUUGACCACCGAGAUCUUUCCUCUAAGGCUCCGGGCCCAGGCAUCAGCACUUGGGGCAGUGGGGAAUCGAGUGAGCAGUGGCCUGGUUGCCAUGUCUUUCCUAUCCAUGGCCCGCUCCAUUUCAGUAGCAGGAACUUUCCUCAUCUUUUCUGCGAUGUCAGCUCUCUCCGUGGCCUUUGUCUACGUGUUCGUUCCGGAAACAAAAGGGAAGACUCUGGAACAGAUAGAGCUGCUAUUUCAAAAUGGCGGGAGAGAAUGGCAAGAAGGUGAAGUCGAACUCGCAGAUGUCGAGCAUCUGGUGCAGAAGGAAUAGCUGUUUGGGUGGUUCUUUCGACGGCUCGAAUCUUUCCACAAGAGGCCCUUUAGCUCUAUAACCUUCUCCUGAUUCGUAUUCAAGCUAGACCACUGCAUGCAUUGCCCUACAUUUUUCAAAUGGUGUUGACUCAUCCACCAUACACAUACCAUUCAUUCAUGCCAGUUACACCAGCCAAAUCAUGGGUCCCACCAUAGAUGGAGCAUGUCCCACAAAUUUAUGCUUAUCGGAUUAUUCCAACUGUCCAAUCAGUAACCAUUAAAUGGACAGUUAGAAAGGGAAAAGGUCAGCAGUCCAAAUUCAAUGGCCAAUACCAGAUGUUUGAGAUCGUCUAAUUAGUGAUACUGUCAAUUUACGGUCCGCCCACAAUGGGGCCUGUGAAUAGAAUCACAUGUAUGGCAGAUGAUCACCAGCAUCUAAGAAAAAUGGUGGGAAAGCACAGUAGUCUAGCUCUGAGGAUUCUGCCAAGACUAAAUCAGGAGAGAAGGAGGUAUGUUUCCUGUGUUUGGAGUUCUUCUCCAAAAUAAGUACUGCUAAGUUCUCAUUGUGUAUAGUAUUAGUAUUAGAUUCUACCGUUGGUGAGAUUUAUAAGACAGAACCGGCAUUUAUUCCAUUUAUAUAUUUUAAAAAAAAAGGAGGUGAAUAAACAGUCUGAAAUUCAAAUUAUAGUUUGUUAUUUUCUCAGGGAGCAUAUAUGAUAUUUUUCAGGUCUUGACCUCUAUUUUCUGAAUUUGUGUUUUGAUCUCAAUUAGUAAAUUAAAUAGAACUUUUAGA